AUGGUAGAUGGGACAGAGGAACGGCUUCAAGCAGCGACAUACCACAACCACUUUCGUCACUCCUGGGGUCAGCUCUAUGCUGCAUGCUCCAACAAUAAGCGACCAGCUGGUCUCUCAAUCCGACGGUUUAUCAUGAUGGGUCUCGACUUCUGCUCACAGCUGGGCAAACAUCACUCGAUAGAGGAGCAGUAUCUAUUCCCCUAUCUCGCCCAAAAAAUGCCGCAAUUCCACGACGAAGUAGAGCUCCUGCAGCAGCAUGACAACAUCCACGCCGGAAUGAGCCGUCUCGAGGAUUACCUGAAAGAGUGUCUUUCUGGAACGACAGAAUUGCGCCUUCCUGAGAUGAAGCGAAUUAUGGAUGGGUUUGGAGAGGUCUUAUGGACACAUUUGGAUGAUGAAGAGCGCACUCUAGGGGCGGAUUCAAUGCGAAAAUACUGGACAUUAGAGGAGAUGGAUAACCUACCAUUCUAA